UCAAGCUUGAUCAGUAGCACUUGUACGCAUCUUCUUCUUCACUCCUCACCUUCCUCUCUUGUCACCAAAACCCAACAAAGAAAGAUGGCGAAGAAAAACAAGAGCAAGAAGAAUAAGAAGAAGAACAAGAAGAACGUUGCCGAAGCUCCAUCGGUGAAACCCAUCCCCGACUCACCACCACCACCACCAGCUGUUUCCCCCGAGAGAAGCGCCGCUAAUCAGCGUCUGUAUGACGAGAUGAAAAACGAGGCAUUUGACAUAGCUACCACCGCUUUUGAGAGGUACUAUUUGGACGCAAGAGUUGCCGAGGAGAUAAAGACAGAGUUUGAUCGGAGAUUUGGCCCCACUUGGCAUUGCAUCAUUGGUAGCAGUUAUGGGUCGUGUGUAUCCUGUGAAGCAGGUUACCACUUUUAUUUAUAUUUCAAUAAGAAAGACAUUAUACUUUUUAAAUGUGGAUACACAUAAGAAUUCUGAUGAUGGUGGCAAAGUUGAUAGAAGAAUGAGAUCUGUGUUAAGUCCAUCAUCAUCAUCAUCAUCAUCAUCAUGUAUUAGUUGAUAUACUGUCCAGAAGAACACUCUUGAUUCUUGUUAUGCUUGUUGUAAUAUUUCAUUUUGAUCUGGUGUGAAAGAACUAGUUCGCAUGACUAAAACAGA